AUGGCUCCCAUCCGCAUCGGCUUCAUCGGCCUCAGCGCCACCGGUAGCUGGGGCAGCUCGGCCCAUUUGCCAUACUUGAAAUCCUCUCAAAAGUAUCAGAUCACGGCGCUGCUCAACUCCAGCGUCGCGUCCGCCGAGGCGGCCAUCGCGGCGCACGGCCUCGACCCGGCCACGACCAAAGCCUACGGCUCGCCCGCCGACCUGGCGGCCGACCCGGACAUCGACCUGGUCGUCUGCAGCGUGCGCGUCGACAAGCACUUCCCCCUCCUCCGCCCCAUCCUGCAGAGCAGCAAGAGCGUCAAGGCCGUCUACUGCGAGUGGCCGCUGGGCGGGAACCUGGCCGAGGCCGAGGAGCUGGCCGCCCUGGCCAAGUCGCGCGGCAUCCGGACGCUGGUGGGCUUGCAGGGCCGCCGCACGCCUGUGCUGCAGAAGGUGAAGGAGGUGAUUGAUUCAGGCAGGAUCGGCGAGGUGCUCAGCGUCAACGUGACGGGGACUGCCUACAAUUUCGGCGCUGACGAUUGGGUGAAUCUGGCCUACGUGAACGACAAGAAAGUUGGAGGGAACAUGGUGACGAUUCAUUUCUCACACUAUUUCGACACGGUAACCCAGGCUGUCGGGCAACUCUCGUCCUUUUCCUCGAUUCUAGAGACUAAAAGGCCGACUGUCAACCUACGGGACAAGCCUUUGUCCUACACGCCCGGUCCUUCUGAUCCACCUGCCAAGGUCGUCGAGACGAUUUCGCGUGACACGGCCGACCAGAUCCUCAUCCAAGGACGCUUGGCGUCCGGUGCGCUGAUUUCUUACCACUUGCGCGGUGGACUGGAAUUCCCAGGCGCCCCCGCCUCCGUAUGGUCUAUUUACGGUUCUACCGGAGAGAUCAGGGUAACCACGGCGUCGGCAUCGAUUCACAUCGGAGGUCCUGGACAGACGCUUCAAGUCCACGAUCAAAAGACUGGCCAGGUCGAAACGAUCAGCAUCGACGCGGAAGACGAGUGGGACCAGAAGGAAUAUCCGUGGCCUUCGAGGAACGUCGCGAGGCUGUACGAGGCAUUUGCGGAAGAGGGCAGGGAGCACGAGUACGCUGAUUGGGACGAGGCCAUCGUCAGGCAUCGGUUUGUGGAUGAGCUCUACUGGCGCGAGAAAAAGGACAGCGGCCUGCUCCCCGCGCAGUACGUUAGCGAUACCUACGGAAGUUCGCUGGAGCUGUAA